CGCUUAGAAACCACAUAUCCCAGGAUGCCACGCUCCAAAACUCUGUUGGAAGGAGGCUUGAGGGAGGCCAUGGCAUUCUGGGAGUUGUAGUCUUGUGCAGGUCCCGCCCCUAGAGCGGCUUUGGAGGCCUGCGUGUGGAGAAAAGCCUCUAGGGAGAGCGGUGUCGCCCUACAACCUUCGCCCCCUGCCCUCGAAUCUUUCCCACAACCCAAAAUGGCCGCUGGUGUGGAUUUUGGCGACCUAGAGCUAUUCGAAGCGUUUGACCCUCAAGAGGAGUCGACCCCGAAGCCGGUUCACACCCGCUUCAAGGACGACGACGAAGACGAGGACGACGACGACGAUGAGAAUGGGGUGGGGGACGCGGAGCUACAGGAGCAGCUUCGGCACUGUGAGGAAACCAUCCAAAAACUCCGCGCCGAGAAUCAAGAACUUAAAAGAAAAUUGAACAUUCUGACAAGACCCAGUGGCAUACUGGUGAGCAAUACCAAGAUAGAUGGACCCUUAUUACAAAUUCUGUUUAUGAACAAUGCUAUAUCAAAGCAAUACCAUCAAGAAAUAGAGGAGUUUGUAUCAAAUUUAGUAAAACGAUUUGAGGAACAGCAAAAAAAUGAUGUGGAAAGAACGUCCUUCAGCCUUUUACCCCAGCCAUCAAGUGUUACCUUGGAAGAGGACCAUAAAGUGGAAGGAUCGUGUGCCAUUAAAAACAACAAGGAAGCUUUCAGUGUUGUAGGAAGUGUCCUGUAUUUUACUAAUUUUUGCCUUGAUAAAUUGGGGCAACCGCUACUAAAUGAAAACCCUCAGCUUACGGAAGGAUGGGAAAUACCCAAGUACCAGCAAGUCUUCAGCCACAUUGUUUCUCUAGAAGGGCAAGAAAUGCAAGUAAAGGCAAAAAGGCCAAAGCCUCACUGUUUCAAUUGUGGGUCUGAAGAGCAUCAGAUGAAGGAGUGCCCAAUGCCUCGGAAUGCUGCUCGAAUAAGUGAAAAGAGAAAAGAGUAUAUGGAUGCCUGUGGUGAGACAAACACUCAGAGUUUUCAGCAGCGAUACCAUGCAGAAGAAGUAGAAGAGAGAUUUGGACGAUUCAAGCCAGGAGUUAUUAGCGAGGAACUUCAGGAUGCACUGGGUGUGACGGACAAGAGUCUUCCUCCUUUCAUCUACCGAAUGCGCCAGCUGGGCUACCCUCCAGGCUGGCUCAAGGAGGCCGAACUGGAGAAUUCAGGGCUUGCACUCUAUGAUGGAAAUGAUGAUGCUGAUGGAGAAACAGAAACUGGAGAAAUACAGAAUAAAAAUGUCACUUAUGAUCUCUCAAAAUUGGUAAACUAUCCAGGUUUUAAUAUCUCUACUCCCAGAGGUAUUCCAGAUGAAUGGAGAAUGUUUGGUUCCAUACCAAUGCAGGCGUGUCAACAGAAGGAUGUGUUUGCCAGUUACCUUACUUCUAAUACCCAGUCGCCGAGCAUGAAGUCUGGCAGCAAGCGGUCUUCAUCUCAGUCCAGCCCUAAUAGUCCAAAGAAGCAGAGGAAGGAAGGCAGCUCAGCAGCCUCCCCCGCUGACAUGGAGCUUGACUCAGAUGUGGAGCCUCCACCUGGUUCUCAGAGCAGCAAAGCUUUUCAGUUUCAGCCACCCUUGCCUCCUGGCACACCUCCUCCGCUGCCGCAGGGAACACCUCCACCUGUCUUCACUCCUCCACUCCCUAAGGGCACCCCACCGCUGACUCCCAGUGACUCACCCCAGCCCAGACCCACAGCUGCAGCCAUGGAUGAGGACGCCCUGACUCUGGAGGAGCUUGAAGAGCAGCAGAGACAGAUCUGGGCAGCUCUCCAGCAGGCCGAGGGAGGCAACAGUGACUCUGAUGUUCCCGUGGACACACCUUUAACUGGGAAUUCAGUCGCCUCCUCCCCUUGUCCAAAUGAAUUUGACCUCUCUGUCCCAGAAGGAAAGACCCUGGAAAAGCCAGUGCUGUCUGAGCCCCAGGGGCCAACCACUUCUGUAGAGACAGCUGCACCUGAGCCUCCCUCUAGCACAGCAGCUGGGGCAGCAGUGCUCUGUCAGAAAGAAGAGGAAGACACUGAAGAUGCUCUUGUUGACAAUGACAGUGUGUCGGACUGUGACAUGAGGAAUGGAGGCAGCCAGAAACUCCUUCAUCUGGACACCCGGCCUUCAACAGCCUCAAAAAUCCACAGCCCGGUACCCGACAUGAGCAAGUUUGCCACUGGAAUAACACCCUUUGAAUUUGAGAACAUGGCUGAAUCCACUGGAAUGUACCUCAGAAUAAGAAGCCUGUUAAAGAAUUCACCCCGGAAUCAGCAGAAAAACAAAAAGGCUUCCGAGUGAGCUCCUGCCUCACUGUUGGCUGCAUGAUCUGUGGCUCUAUGCUGUUGUAGCAGACUGAGAUGGCGGGUGAAAUCACUUCCCGUUUGUCCUUCCCACCUUUUAGAAUCUGCCCAGGGUUUAAUUGUGAUCUCAACUCAAGCCUGUUUCACAAAAUGAAAGACUGGGCAUGUGAGUUUGCUGUUUUAUUCUCACUGAAACAACCAAGGGGUGUGUACAUGAGCUGGUUCAGAGAUGGUUGGUUCUGGUUAUACUAUUUUUGGAUCGUGAGUAUCUGUCAAGAGUAAUGGUUUUUGUUUUUUGUUUUUAAUGUCUUUUGUAAAUUGUUUUCCCUUUCUACAUUUUGCUAUUAUCCUGUAUAUAUAAGCUUAAUAUAUCACUUUUUAAAAGAAACUCUAACAAUUUUAAAUUCACAUUUCAAUUCCAACAACCAAAUGAGAAAAAUCAGGGAUGAGCAGCUUUGUCCUGCUUAGGGUAUUUUUGUAAGAUUUUCAUGCAUGAAUUUUAAUAACACUUUUACUUUUUGUAAUUUAAUUACUCAAAUCCAAUAAAGGUGUGCUCACCUUUGUGUA